AUGGCUGCCGGUUGUUUGGUUUUGCACGCCAGCCACUGACGCUACAAUUUCCUAAUUUUACUAAGAAUACCGUUAGAUUUCUAGCGUCAUAUUUCAAUUAAUAUAUGCUGUAUUGUAUUUUCUAGUCAUACACAUUAGUAGUGUACCAUAAUUAAUUAUCGGUAGUGAUAAAAACCUUGAAAUGGCAGCAGUACAAGGUGCACCAGGAAACAAACCGUGGCCGGUCAGACCUGGCGUUCAGCAUCAGAACAGCCAGAAUAACAACAAUUUGACGCUAAACAGGACAAUAAACCUGUACCCGCUAACUAAUUAUACAUUUGGCACGAAGGAGCCAUUGUUUGAGAGGGACGCUUCUGUACCGGCAAGAUUUCAACGCAUGAGGGAGGAAUUUGUAAAGAUUGGCAUGAGAAGGUCAGUGGAAGGUGUGUUGUUAGUGCAUGAACAUGGUCUACCACAUGUGCUUCUGCUGCAGCUAGGGACUGCCUUCUUCAAGCUGCCUGGCGGAGAACUAAACCCUGGAGAGGAUGAAAUUGAGGGGUUGAAAAGACUACUGACAGAGACACUCGGCAGGCAAGAUGGCGUCAAACAGGAGUGGCUCAUUGAAGAUACCAUAGGGAACUGGUGGCGCCCUAACUUCGAGCCGCCGCAGUACCCCUACGUGCCUCCCCACAUCACCAAGCCUAAAGAGCACAAGCGGCUUUUCUUAGUCCAACUACAAGACCGGGCACUCUUCGCUGUACCCAAGAACUAUAAGCUGGUGGCCGCCCCGCUGUUCGAGCUGUAUGACAAUGCUCAGGGCUACGGGCCUAUUAUUUCAUCGCUGUCCCAGAGUUUGUGCAGAUUUAACUUUAUUUACAUGUAAAGUUGUGGUAAGAAUGACUAUUAGUUGGUGGUUUUAUAACUAAUAUGCAUAUUUUACACUAUUACCGUGUUAGAAAGACACUAGGGUGUAUUGCAGUGUUGGCCGAAACGUUAAUGCAAUUAACCAUUCUUCUUCUUCUUCUUGUGCCAUGUCCUCAUCGGACGUCGGCGACCAUCUCUCGGAACUUAUUCCUAUCCUGUGCCAAUCUGCUCAGGUUGGCAGCGUCGUUAAUAUGAGUCCAGCUUUUAAUAUUGUCCAUCCAGGCUAGCUUCCUUCUUCCUCUACCUCUUUUGCCCUCUACUUUGCCCUCUAUUAUUUUCUUUAGGAUUUGAUAUUUACCGUAAACAUCCGUUACGGUUUAAGUUCAAUUUGUACUGGUUAAUGGUUCUCUUCUCUCUCUUCUCAGCAUGUUUGUGUCCACUGCAGAAGAUAUGCCUCUUUCAUGGAUUUUCAAUGUGUUCUGAACGCCAAUGUGUUCUAAAUGGUUAAUGGUUAAUUGCAAUUAACGUUCGGCCAACACUGGUGUAUUGCAUGUUAUCGACAUGAACAUUCUGUAAUACUUUGCUGCGUUGUGGUCUGUUUCCAUAGUAAGCUUAAGCCUGGUGUGCUGCAUACAUUGAUAGAAAAAUAUUUAAGUAUGUAAAACACAUAAAUACCAUGAAACGGGGGUCAAAUAUAGAUUAUUUUCCGUAAACUCGAGAAAUAUUUUAUAAAAACCGGAUUCUAUUUCCAUUCAACGCUACCCGUUUUAAUUCGU